AAAUAGAGAAACUAGUGUACUUUCUGUUUAGAGGUCAUCAACACAAAUUGUUUUGUAUAAUAUCCGAGUAAGUGUCAAGAUUUAGCAAUAUCAUAAAUAUGAUAUCGAGUGAAACGUCAAGACUUCUUAAUUCAGAUUAGUAGAUACCAGAAAAUGGGAAAUAGCGAAAGUGCCAGACUAAAAGAUGAAGAACAGAAGCUACAGCGGUAUAUCAAGAAUACUAUAAAAUGCAUUGAAACUCACAGACACGGCGUCUUCGGUAUCGCACACACUGUAGAGACCCAGCAUGCACUCUUUGAAUUACUGUCUAGUAAAAUUAGUGGUAUUGCAAGUGUAAAUGAAACUGAUACAAAAGUAGACAGUGAUGGUGAACCAAUUGAUGUAACAUGUUGCCAUUGUACAAGUGCAUGGCAAGAGAGUACAAAACGACUUCUUGGGAGUGUUCAGUCAUCUUUACGAUGCCAAAGUAAAGCCUUGCAAUCUUCAUUCAUAAACUUAAAUGGCUGCGUGCAUAAAAUCUUAGAUUACUACAGAGUAGAUGUUGGUACAUCUGUUGACAAGGACAUCGACAAAUUUUGGAUUGACUAUGAAAAUUCACCGAAGGUUGAUUAUCAAACAGCAUGCACUGAUUUAGAAAAUGAAAACAAAAGUUUGAAGAAAAUAAUUCAAAAGAUCAGUGUUGAACUUAACGAGGUCACAGCUCGGAACGAGAAGCAUCUAGAAGAAAGAGAGAAAUCAUUACGAAAAACACAAAAUGAAAAUGAGAUCCUGAGGGAACAAAAAGUCUUAGUGGAAGAAAAAGUUGCAGAAUUAAAAGCAAACGUGCAGUCCAUGAAAAGUGUUAUUGAAACACUUAAUGCAGAUAAAGUUGCUCUAGAACGACAAGCAAAUACCAUGAAGCAAACAAUUCCAGUUCAGUUGUACCACAGUCUAAAAGGAGGCACACUGCCUAACUUGUUAGAUGAAUUAAAGAAGUUAUUGGUUACCCAAAUGGAAGUGGAAAGACAUAAAAUACAAUUUGUUCUAUGCCAGACCGAGAAAGAUGUAAAUCCAGCAAUACCUGUUUUGGUAUUCUGCAUUAAUGCUUCUAGACUUGGAACAGAUGCUGCCACAGCAUUACACAAUUUGAAAGUGUCGUCAAAGGUGUCUGUGUUAAUUUUCCAUCACAAAGACAUCCAUGCAUUACCAAACCAGUCCAGUAAACGGGUCUUGACUGGACCCGAGUUUAAAGCCCUUGGUGGUAUAUUUGAUAUUGCUUUUCUGUCGGAAAAAGGAAUAUAUCCGUGUGACAUGAACCAAACUGCCGCAGUUGGCAUCGAAAGUUUUCUGAGGACACAGAGCUAAAUAGAAAUCAAAAGCAGUCAGAGAACGUACAAAACAAACAUUUUGAUAAAGAAUGUAAAAGCUGUCAGACUUCAGCGUCAUAUAUUGUUCCUUUAUUGGCAUCUUAUUUAUAAAAAAAUACAUAUGUUCUAACAUAGAUGUCGUAAAAUGAAUACACUAGCUUACAUUUGUUUCAUUGUAUUGACAAACACUUCAAUUUCAAAAACUUAACUUUUAUUAUUGAAGCUAUUACCAUAAUAGUUUCUCAAAGUCUCUGUCGUCGAGUAUAACUUCCUGCCAAAAUAUUCAUGUUUACUUUUAAUGAAAGGACAAUAGUAAGAUUAUUAUUAUUAUUAACAUCUGAAGAAUUGAAAGGAAAUUGCAUAAAUAUGAAUAAACAUUA